AUGUCCAAGCUUCGACCCGUCGUCAUGUGCGGCCCCAGCGGCGUGGGCAAGGGCACGCUCAUCAACCGGCUCAUGGCCGACUUCCCCGGCCGCUUCGGCUUCAGCGUCUCGCACACAACCCGCGCGCCCAGGCCCGGCGAGGAGGACGGAGUGCACUACAACUUUGUCCAGAAAGCCGCCAUGGAAGCCGACAUCGCGGCGGGCAAGUUCCUCGAGUACGCGCACGUUCACGAGAACAUCUACGGGACCUCCCUCGCCGCCGUGGAGGCUGUCGCGCAGAAGGGUCAGGUGUGCGUCCUCGACAUCGACGUCCAGGGAGCCGAGAUUGUCAAGAAGUCCAGCCUCGACGCGCUCUUCGUGUUUAUCUCGCCGCCGAGCAUGGAGGAGCUCGAGGCUCGCCUCCGCGGCCGGGGCACCGAAAAGGAGGAGUCGAUCCAGAAGAGGCUGGCGAACGCGGCGGGGGAGAUGGCCAAGACGAAGGUCGAGGGUUUCUUUCACGCGGUCAUCGUCAACGACGAUCUGGAUCGGGCGUACGGCGAGCUCAAGACGGCCAUCGACGCUCAAUAA